UCCAGAGGUCUUGAUUAUCUAAUAUAAUGACUUUGAAAGGAGUUUACCGGUUGUUUAGAAAGACUUCUCCGUUUUAUAAAAGAAUACAACUGAUGUCCACUAAAUCUGACCAUCUACAGAGAACAGCUCAGAAUUCGAGGGAACAGGUGGUGUGUGUAGCCACAGUCAUAGGAAUGCGUAAUGAGUCCACUACGGUCAAAGGUUUGACACUGAAAGUGCAUGAUAGAUCCUUAUCUUUCAAAGCAGGCCAAUGGGUAGACACGUUCCUGCCAGGUUUGGAGAAAGUUGGAGGCUUCUCAAUGUGUUCAUCACCAGGAACUCUUCAAAGGGAGGGAACUCUUGACCUUGCUGUCAAGUACAGUGAUCAUCCUCCAGCAAAGUGGAUCCAUGAAAAGUGUAAAGUUGGCACAGAGCUUCAGAUCCGAGUUGGUGGUGAUGUUUACUUUGAUCCUGAUCCAGACAAACCCUCUCCUGAUCUACUUCUAAUAGCAGGGGGCAUUGGAAUCAAUCCUAUACAUAGCAUCCUCUGUCAUGUGACAGAUCUUCUAGAAUCUCAUUGGACAAACUCCCCUAAACAUGUGUCUCUACUCUACAGUGCAUCGUCCAUGGAUGAACUUAUCUUUCAUGAGGACAUAAAAAGAUUGUGUACAAAGAACUCAGGGAUCCUGUCUUACAAGAGCUUUAUAACCAAAGAGAAAUCUCAGCUCAGAAGUGAGAUUCAAGGUCAGAGAAUCUGUCGUGAUGAUAUCCAGACUGAGGUAGAGAGGAUGAAGUCACAUGACCUUAUUGCGUUUAUAUGUGGCCCACCUCCCAUGAUACACAACACAGAAAAUAUGCUGGAGUCAGUGGGAGUGCCAAAGCAGAGAAUUCAAUAUGAAAAGUGGUGGUAGUCAGCUACUGCAGAAUUUACAUUGGAGUGGUGAUAGAAAGCAAAUUGGUGUCUCAGUUCACAGUCCUCAGGUUUACUGAUGUCAUAUUGUACCAUGUU